AUGGGCAGGCAAGUAGUGGAUUCGCGGAGCUUUGCGAGCCAUGGCCGACAAAGGGCGAUGCGCGCUUUCGCAUCACCCAAGCGCGAUCGGAAAAAUGGGCGCUCAUCAAAGCGAGUUCGCGUUGAGGCUGGAAGCCUGUCUGAGCAGCCUGGUGCUUCAUUCGACGAAACGGACUGGAUGAACACGCGCUCUGCGGCGAUCGAACGCGACACGCCUCGGUUCCAGUCCGGCAACGAUUCGGAUAGCGAACUCGACGGUUUGGGCAAUCGUUCCGCGGGCCAUAAUUCGAGGCGAAUACUGAGCGGCAGUGUGUCGCCAUACGACGUCUCUGCUAGCCCUGACGCGUCCUCUGCAAGCGAGCUUGAAGCGUCUCACGGAAGAGCGGCACGCGAGCGGCGCACUGCCGCCAACGACCGAGUCGACUCGAGUUAUGGUGCCGACUUGAUGGCUGAUUUCAGUGCAAGCUCGCAGUCCUCUGAUUCAGAGAAUACUGAGCUGCUGGAAAUGGAAGAGACUCGCGAUAGCGAUGCUUCCAGCGCUCUGGACAACGAUGUCGAGGCCGAUUACGAGAGCGCUUCGGACCCGGGCCCAGAAGAUGAUACCGACGAAGACGAAGAUGUACAUGACGCUCUCUGGGACGAGAGGCCCGACGGACGGCGCCGGUCGUUGUACUACGACGCCGACACUGCUGUGCGUGAGGAUCAACUGGAUAUCGAUGAGCUGGACGAGGAGGAGGCGGAAGCGAUGCGCCUCCAGCGACAACAACUUAGUCGCUUGCAGGCCCAGGACUUUACCGGCGGUAUUGCAGUCUCUGAGCUCGCACGAGCCGUGGACGACACCGCACCGGGAGGCACGCCUCGGCCGUAUGCCGCAGAUGCAGCAUCGCUAGAGGCAACUGCUUCGGAUCAUGACCAGGUUGCAGUUCGAGAGGUGCUUCGAUCGCUGUCGACGGCGCUCCAGGAGAUCAUUGAGGACCUGGAGCAGCUCUUGGAAACUGCAAAACGAGAACAAUUAACAACGCACAUGGAACGAGAUCCGUUGCUGGGCCUCCUGGAGCUCAAGAGACAGCUGCUCCUCAACUAUGGAACGAAUCUGGCUUUUUAUCUUGCACUGAAAGCUGAAUGCUCGUCGAUCCGCGACCAUCCUGUCAUGGACCGUCUCAUGGAGAUAGGAGUCACACUGGACAAAAUCCGUCCGCUGGAAGAACAUGUUCGUGUACGCUUGGAGGCCCUGAAGCGAGCCGGUCAACAGCAAUCGACAUCAGCGUUGCGACCGGAGUUUGCACAAGGCAGCGAGUCUGAUGACUCACUGCCAGCUUCAAACGGCACGAGCACAACCGAUCAAACAGACGAAGGAGCGACUGGUCGAUACAGGCCGCUCCUCACCACCGCAGAGACCUACGAAGACGAGCGCACGCGACGUCGACGCGAACAAGCCGUAGCGCGUGCUGACGCCGACCAGCGCCCGUACCGCUUUGAAGUUCGCCAGCUUGCACGCGAACUCAGCGACAAGCCCGAACAGGUAAGCCUGAACGCUGACCCCGAAGCAAUGACUCGUGAUGAUAUGCGGCUCGUGCGGCAGGCGGAGGCGCGCCAAGCAUACGAGGAGGAACACCUUGUUCGUUUACCAGAGAGCAAAAAGGACCGACGAGCUCGCCGCCUUGCAGAAGCUACUCGCGGCCUGACCGCCAUAGAUUCGAAGACACGGACAAGUGGUAUGACGGACCUGCUUUCCGUUGCGAAUCGAAUCGUCGAGGUGAGUCAGCGCGAUCAGAGCCAAGUGCACGCGAUGCCUCCAAAAGCGCUGCACGCUGAACGCACGUCACGGGCCGUCGACAGGCACCGCUCGGAUGUGUCGUCCAGGCCCAGCACCGACUCGCAAGCAGCAGCAGCAGCAGCAGCAGCAUCAAACCAGGUAUCAGAAGCGUUCCUGCAACGUGCACAACAUUCGACGUUUGACCAAAGCGCUACAGACAAGCGAGCAGCAUUGAGUGCGUUCGAAGGUUCAUCCGCGCCAUCCGACUGGUCGUCGUUGCUCUACAAAGCAGCAGCGGAUACGAUGCAGCGCAAGCGUCAGAAGCGUACCCAGGGUAGCGCCGAAGCACUGGUCGCUUCACCGGAUGACGACUUGCUGGCAGAGAAUAGGCCACGACGAAUAACGGAUGAGAUUCGAAGGAAUCGCGGGUUAACAGCGCGCCGGCCUCGAAACGCUGCACAUCGUAACCCGCGUGUGAAGCGACGGGUACGCUAUGCAGAGGCCUUGGUUCGUCGCAAGGGUCAAGUGCGCGUCUAUGAUGAUCGCACGCGCUCGGUUGCAGCUGCAGGCGCUUACAAGGGCGAAACAAGUGGUAUCAACAAGCGCACGCGACAGAGUGUGGUUUUGCGGACGUAA